AUGAAUAUUGAACGGGAAUUUCCUUUACAUGUGGCCAUUUGGAAUAAUGAAACAGACAAAUUAGCCGAAUUAAUAAAACACAAUAAAGAUCGAAUUGAACAACUUGAUCCGCGUCAUCGAACUCCAAUACAAUUAGCUGUAUGUUUGGGUCGUGUCGAAGCAACUCGAUUAUUAGCACAGAAUGAUGCUGAUUGUAAUGCUGUUUCAAAAGAUGGAUGGAAUUUAUUACAAGAAGCUGUAGCAAAUGGUAAUCCUUCUUUAGUUAAACUUAUUAUGAAAUAUCGAAAUUAUCAAAGAAAUGUUCAACGUAUUCGUGGUAUUCCAGAAUUAUUACGAAAAUUGAAAGAGUCGCCAGAUUUUUAUGUUGAAAUGAAAUGGGAAUUUUCUAGUUGGGUUCCUCUAGUGUCAAAACUUUGUCCAAAUGAUACUUAUAAAAUUUAUAAAAGUGGUCCAAAUGUUCGUGUUGAUACGACAUUACUCGGUAUUGAAGGUACAAAUUGGCAACGAGGCAAUCGAACAUUUAUUUUUUCAUUAUUAGCUGAUUGUGCAAAAAUGAUUGAUAUUGAUCAUGAGACAAAAUCAGCUUAUAGUGAAAAUUUAAGUAUACCUGGUGAAGAAGCAAUUCUUCUUGAACCAAAUAUGGAUCAAAUUGAUAGUAAACUUAUGUCACCAAAUAUAACUGUCUAUCUUGAUGUAGAUAAAAUUGAAUUUGAACGAAGUAAAUCAGGUGUAUGGGGAAUGCGUAAUGAAAAAACAGAAAAUAUUAAUGGUUAUCAAUGUAAAGUUUAUACAGCUAAUAAAUUUGAACUUGUGACACGUACUCGUAUUGAACAUAUGUCACAAGAUGAUCGAAAAGCUUACGAAACUGGGCAUGCAUCAAAUAGAAAUUUUCUUGGUGGAGUUUUUAAUUUUCUUGAAUCAUCAGCAUCAUCAUCAAAAGCAACAACAACAGCAAAUGCAUCAACAUCGAAAUCAUCCAAUGAUUCAUCAAAAUCUUCCAGUCCAUCACCAGUAACACUUGAAGAAUAUUUUAAUAAUCGAGUUGAUCUUAAAAAUCGAGAUAUUGGUCGACCACGUGAAGAGAAUGUUAAAAUUCAAACGUUUAAUGCUCAAAUAUCUCUUUGUGAUGAAUAUCCACUUAGUCUUCAAGAACAAAUAUUACCUAUUAUUGAUUUAAUGGCAAUUAGUAAUUCACAUUUUAAAAAACUACGUGAUUUUGUUACACUUCAAAUACCAAAUGGAUUUCCUGUUAAAAUACAGAUUCCACUUUAUCAUGUUCUUACAGCUAAAGUAACAUUUGGAAAUAUUCAUGGUAUUGAUAAAACUGUUGAUGGUGUAUCAACAAUAAAAGAAGAUUCAAUUUCAUUUUGUGCUGUCGAUGAAAAUAUCUUUGCUAUACCAGCAGGAUAUCGUCGUCAAGGUGAAGGUGAAGGUUAUCAUCCAAUGAUGUAUAUGGAUGAUGAUGCUCUAUUACAAAUGGCUAUUGAAAGAAGUCUUCUUGAUCCAAAUGAAACUAAUCCAACUACUGAUGGACAGAAUUCAUCAGAUCAAGUUACAUUAUAUGAAGCUUUAGGUCAUCCGGGGGCACAAGCAAAUCGACCGGAUAUUAAUAAUCGCUAUGUAGAUUAUGAUUUACAACGCGCUUUGGAAGCAAGUUUAUUGACAUCAGGUUUAAGCGAAGCAGAAAUGAAUGAAAUUAGACAACAAACUCAAGAACAAUUAGAAGGUGACGAUUCAUCACAAGAUUUAUCUGUAGCUAUGGCAUUAUCAAAACGUGAUGAAGAAGCUCGACUUCAUCGAUUACGUGAAGAAGAAGAAGAACUUGAAAAAAUCCUUCAAUUAUCACUUCAAGAAAAAUAA